CAUGCAUGCAGGUUCCCUCACCCUCCUUUAAUCAUUUCUUCUUCAAUUCUUAAUUCGUCAUAUCUCUCGAUCAUUAACAUGCAUGCCAAUUCAUUCUACUGUUCUUAGUUUCUUAUCAUUACUUUACCAAUAAUUACUAUGUAUACCUCAUGUAAUAAUUAAUAUCCUUAUCUAUUUUGCCCCUUUAUUAGAUUUGGUUCUAAUUCAACCACUUCAUAUCAUCCUAGCUAGCUAAUCCCUUCAACUAAAUACCUAUAUAAUAAUACCCAUUUCUGGCAUGGAGUUCUCUCCCCCAUUGGUUCCGGAUAUGAAUUUGAUUAAGGAUGAAAUUGCAAGCUCAAUGAGUGCCCAAAUCUUGGAGUUUAGCGAGUCUGAAUUGUUCCCAGAAACCUUACAGGUUUCCGAGGUGGGGUCCAGUUCCAACUGCGGUUACGAGGAGCACUCGUCGUACUCCACGAAUCUCCCGCCCACCCCCGACAUGCACACGUUCAGCGGCGGCGGGUGCGGCGGCGAGACGAAGGACAUCAUCGCCACCGUCACCGAGACGCCGAACUCCGCCGCCGUGGACAACAACCACCUCUCCAUCGUGUUCGACACGCGCGACGACAUCGGCAACGACAUAUCGGCGUCCAUCGACUUCGGCGGCGCCGAGAACUUCUCCCUCCCGCCGCAGUUCCUCAACCACCCGGCCAACAACCUCGACCAGUUCGACAUGUCCUCGUUCGACAACAACCAGGUCGCCGUCGGGCAACAGUACCCGCCGGAGAAUCAGAUGAUGCAGCUCAUGGCGCCGCCGCAGAUGGUGUACGACGAGGAAUGCCUUCCCUCUGUUCCGCCGUACUUGCAUCUGGCGUCUUCUUCGCCUUCUUGUUCGUUUCUUGAUCCGAAUUUGUGCGGAUACCUCCCGGGGAAUCUCAACCCCGGCAACUUGUCCGCUGAUAAUUCCGGCGUCUUCUCCGGCGGCGGCUUUUUUCUUGGAGGGGAGUUGACUUCGUCUCAAGACCUGGAUUUUCAGGGAGAUAAUAGCAAUAGACUGUUCUGCCCUGAUAACAUUCCACGUGUUUAUAACUGCCAGAGUGACCAGUUUCAGGCCCUAAACAGUGAGAAUCAGCAUUUGGUUAGUGGAGGUGGUGGGAGCUCAACAGGUUUGACAUCUGACAUCACAUGCUUGGAGGAUACAACCUUCAAGGUAGGCAAGCUUUCUGUUGAAGAAAGGAAGGAGAAGAUCCACAGAUACUUAAAGAAGAAGAAUGAGAGAAAUUUUAGCAAGAAAAUCAAGUAUGCAUGCAGAAAAACACUAGCCGACAGCAGACCAAGGGUGAGGGGAAGAUUUGCCAAGAACGAUGAUUUUGGUGACAUGGCAACGAGAUCUCUAUCGUCCAUGGGCAGCCAAGAAGAUGAUCCAAUGGUUGACAUGACAUCAGUAACCACAAGACAUAAUUUCCUCUACGACCCUAAUUACCCCACGGCGUUCUCUCAGGGCACCGGCGCCGGCGGCCGGAGUUUCAACUCCAAUUGCCUGCCGCCGUCGGGAGCCGGCCCCAUUCCCGGCCCCUACGAUAUGUGCAACACUUUGUUCUUCGCUGAUGCUAACAUGCAACGAUGAUUCACUUAACUUUUGAUCAUUAUUAGCUGGACGUAAUAUGGUGAUUAGAUCUUCAAUUAUGGAGGGCGGGGUGAUUGCAGCUCGACACGUGUCCUCGUAUGUACAUACCAUGUCAGCAGAUUUUUCGGAGUGAUUAUUGUAAAGCAUCACUUGAUCACUUAUACAAUGAUUAUUGAUACGAGAUGAAUAUAACUUGCUUGGAUUUCAUGUCAUUUAGACCAUGGUUUAGCACUAAUAUUGUAUGCAAUUUGAUAAUAUGUGUUUUUGACAGGGAAGAUGAACAUUCACGUGUAUAAUAAUGACUCAAAUAAUUUUUAUAGUACGUAUAUAUUUAUACAC